GCAUUUUAACCGAUGGGGACAUUGUGAGGGCCCGCGCUUCCCGGCUUUUUUCGGGCUUCAUCGCCACCCCUUGCGGAGCUGGGCCCGGUUUUUUCGCAGUGCGCCGUAGCUGUUCCCACGGGCAAAGCCAAA